AUGUUCAACGUCAUCAUUCGAGCUUUAGAUUUAUCCGAAAGACCCACAAAUUCGUGCGAUUUUACGAGCCGAGACGCGACGUUCGAUUUAAAUACAUACGAGCCGUAUCUCGACAAGAUUCGAGAGAUCUUCGUGCCGAGUCUGGAAUACAGAAUCCAUUCCUUGUUGGAAGAAUUCGUGUACAGCAGGGAUUCUCGAUGGGCCGUGCAAUUUCCAUAUUUCAAGAAAUUCAUCGACGCGAUAGUCGCCUGGAGGGAUCCUCUAAUCAAAGCGACCGAAUACGAUAUCGGGACGAUGGAAAGAGCGAUAAGAAGUACCGUGAAACGCGUGGCGAGGAACGACCUGGUUUCCUGCUUCCUGGAUUCCAUUAUUCUGUAUUAUAGAUUGAACAAAAUCUGCCGCGAACUCGACGCGCUGGGAAUCGAUGACGAUAUCCUGCGAAGAAAAAAAUUGUACCGAGCUUCACUCGAUAGGAAUCCCGAUAUGGAUUGUAACGUGAGUUCGAAGUCAUCCUGCGACGCGAAGGGACAAACCAGAUGUGAAAGCGCCAUCGAAUUAAGGACAAACAUCGAUUGUCCUCUUGGAAAAAAAAUCGAACAACCAACGACGUCGAAAUGUUCUCAGAUUGUUGACUCGAAUCAAGAUCUUCAACCAAAAGGAGAUGCCUAUACACGUGAUAAGGAAGCCAUAAAGAUGAGGAAAUUGAAGAUGAUCGUCCGAAAGACGUAUCAGGAAGAUUGCAACACAUUUUCCGGAUCUGUCGUCACCUGCCUGGGUCUACCUUGCAAGCCACGUGAUUUAAUUGAGCGAAUCUUCGAGGCUGAUCCACCUUUGGCCGAAUCCUGCCUGAUAGUGAUGAAGCGGAGAUUUCUGAUGAACAUAUACAACGUUUGCUCGUGUCUCAACGAUCUUCUCCAGAAAUUAGACGUCGAGUUUGCGAGAACGUUGCAUCUCAAUUGCGAGAUACAUCCCGGAUAUGUCGGUUUCAGGUUGAGAGGCCGCAAGGUCAACAAGUUCGUCGCCAGGAUUCCGAUAUGUCAAAAUGUUCGCAGACGUACGAUUCAACGGGGCUCCGUCGUCUCGACUCGCAGCUCGAGUUUAAGUAGGGAUGCUGAAGAAGGAUCAAAGUGCUCCGAACGAUGCGACAAUGAGGGUAAAAAUUUGCACGAUACACUCUCAUGUGUUGACGAAGAGAGCGAAGAAGAGGAUGACACUUGCUGUUCUCCAGCGGAUCGAGAUUUCAAAGACACGAUAAUGUCGCGAAACGAGUGUCUUCAGGAUCUUACGACCAUUGCUGAAGAAACGUGCAACGUGACACCGAACAUUGAUAACUCGGGAGAAACAGAUGAAAAUUGUCACGAGAUCUCUUUGGAUUCGAUGGAACUCGAAAACUGCCAAAAAAGUGAAGAGAUGAAAUGCGAAGGGAAAAUUUGGACGAAUGACGACUCGAGUUCGUCGUCGGAGAAUCUCGUCGAAAUGAAUCGCGGAAUCGAGGAAAUUCCCAGCGACAAAGAACCCUCGAAAUGCGACUGUCAAACUCGAUCAUUGGACAGAGAGCCGAAUUUGGAAGAUUGCAAUGCUCAUUCGUGCAGUAUCGCGUCAUUCCAGGACUCCGAGCGCGACAAACAGCUGGUGGAAUUGAGCUGCAAUCGUUCCUUGGACAACGACAUCAUCGCGAUCGAUGAACGAUUGGAGGACGAUGAUUCGUUAAAUUCUGCGCGGCCGGAAAUUGGAGACUCCGCGAGUCAUCGCGAUGAUUUCAUGAUCAUCGAUAGCAUUCCGGGCGUCAUCGCUUCCCUCUUCGAAGCCUCUCGGGAGGAUCUUGAUGUGAUUUCGGUAAAAAGAGCUCUUUCCAAUAAGGAUUCGUCUGAGGAUUCGCUGACGGUUUCCGUUCGAACAUCCAGGUUACGAGUGUCAUCGAAAGGCAUCAACGUGAACGUGAGUCGUCCUCGAACCGUAGUUUGCUCGACAUCCGAAGAAGAUGCAAGCUUAUCCGCGAAGAUACGAGACGUUGAAGUGGCGGAUAAACUUUCCGCUCCGACGAUUUCGCGAAAAGUGCGCGAAAUUCCGCGCGAUAAGAGGCUCUCCGAUAAAACGCGAGGUUUUAUUCGGCCAUCAAGGGGCGACUCGAAAAGUGUCGAUAUCUCUGAGGAAAAGCAUCUUCGCGCGACUUCUAACCCGGCUCGGUGCUGUAAGUUUAUUGCGAGCGAAUUCGAAAAGUCUCGCGAGUCGGGAGGAAGAUUGUCGAAGCUCCGCGUAAGCUCAUCGAAUGGUUUUCGCAGUGCAACCUCCUUCACGAGGAUCAAAUGCGGAACGGCAUCGCGUAAGGAUCGCUCCGCCAAAGUACGAUCGCGAACGAUGCUCGUGAAAUUUCGCGACUCCAUCGACAGGUCUGUCGACAGAAUAAAGCGUCUGAUUCACGCGAGACUGAGAAAAAUCUUGUUCGACGGAACUGAGAGAAAUGCUUCGAGAACCUCUUGGAAGGACGAAGAAUACUCCGAAGAUACUACGAGAGUAAGGACAAGUGGAAGAUGCGUCAGACAGGACUACAGCAUAACUUCGUGCUCAACUUCCAACUGUUGCUACAGACACAGUUGCAUUCUAUCCUCGCGAGAGUCUUCCAACGUGAUUCUAUCAAUCCGCAGAGAUCGACAUAGAAAAGGAAUGAAGUUUUGCGAUCGUAGAUUAACCGGUGGCAGAGAAACCCUGUCGACUUUUCGCUCGAUCGAAGCUUCUUACGAUUCGUUGACUUCCGCAGUCGAGGAUCUCGAAGAACGAAAAUUGAGCAGAGGCGAUAGAAGAAAAAGGCUCGAACGAAGUGUCGCGAAAAACUCUCGCGACUUUAGACAAAAUUACACAGGGACAGGUACAACAAUUUCCUCGACCGAGGUAUCCGGAAACGAGUCGAGGUACCUUCAACAUUACGCGAUCAACGAACAGCGGGAAAAGACACGUGACGUUAAACGUGACCGAAAACGUAACGAUGAAGGAAUACGUAACCGAUGGAAGAGAGAACAUCAAAGAUUGGUGUACAGAGAAAUACCGAUGAAACUCUUCAGCAACGAAUCUCUGGGAACGUCAUCGUACACUCGGAAAAAUCCAAAAAAAUCCAAGAACGUGCAUAAACAAUCUCGAUCUGACAGAUCGAAGAGGGGAUUCGCAUUUUCGGGCAAAAAUCGGCAGAUGGAAAAUGUAAAAAAUCGUCUGCGUGAAAGACGGGUUAUUCAGGUUCUGAAUGACGUCUACAACGAUUACACAGACGAUCUCGAUCUGGACUUGAAGUUGCACCUGUUGCGAUACGUGGAACUCUGUAAAAAUGUGAAGCGCGCGUUGACGAAGACGCUGCGAUCGGAUUUUUACGAAUUUGAGUACCCCAUGGCAAUUUACGGAUGA